AGAUUGGUAUAACCUGCUGAGGUGUACGUUAGACGCCCAACUGGCAGCACAUCUUGGAUCAUGCGCAUCGAGAACGGGGGCGCCCUCCUCCCAACCACCCAAGACUUUCCCCUCGCUGAUGUUUCCUCGUUGCUUCUCCGUAACCGGGAGCUGGAUUUAGACAUAGACAGGGUGGACUUUGUGGAGUACAGUGACCAGGAGAUGAUGCUGGACAAUGAGAGAGAAGGAGAGGCGGAGCUAGAGGAUCAAGAGAUGAAGGGAGCACACCAGAGCCGAUCGGCCACAAAACAACAGGAUGGUGGAGAAGAUUUCCAGUUGCAAGGAUUCUCCAAACCGGAGCUUGGUCUGUCCCCUCUUGGGCAUGAUAUGUCUUAUUAUAUUAGAUACAGCUCAGCGCAUAGGGACAGCAUGGAUCAGAGCAUCAACAUGGCGACAAUACUUGCUGAUACUGCCAAAGAUCUUGAGAACAUUGCUGAGCUUGUUGAAGAAUCCGACCCAAACAGGAUGAUUCUUCCCCGGUCCAGUUCAUGUCCAGAUAUCAUAGAGAGUGUUACUUCCAUCCAGACGUCCUCCAUGGGGAGCGACGAUCAAGACAAUAUCAGUACCUCUCCAAGAAACAUGGUCAAAUCCUUCAUGGAGAAACAGAUGCCCACUUCUAGCUCCUACAAGGAGAUGUCCGUCUUGGAGCAGAGGCUUCAGCGAGAUGAAGUUGCUCUUGGAUUCGUCCGGAGAGCCUCAACCACUGCAAAUGAAGAUGAAACUGUCUCUGGAGAAGCUGGCAAAGCCAAAGACCUCGAAGACCCAUCAUCAGUGAAGACUGACUCCUCUGCAGCAGCUGCAAAACUGCCUCCUCCUAAGUUUCUAACACCGGAAGAUUCUGCUUCGGACACCCCUGGUCAGAUGAGACGACGAGUCCGGCCGGCAGAGAAGAGACCAAGGCCUGUCUCCUUGCCACCUCAGACAGAUGCAGAGAACCUGGAUGGGAAACAGCAAGGUUUUCUUGGGGAAGAUGACCUCUCAAGGCAUAGUCAGGGAGCAGACUUACAACCCUUAAGGCGACCAAGAGGGCACACAAUGUCCUCAUUGGCUCCUAACUCCACCGCUGACGACCACGCCGGGAGAAAAAGACGAGCCUCGGAAAACCGAUCCCGAGUGAUGACCAGAACUGGUCUUAGUCCAAGCUUCGUGUUCUUGCAGAUGUAUUACUCUCCAGUGUUCUCUGAUGACCAAGAAAGACCACUGGCUUUGCCAUUUUCACAGGUGACUCAGAGAGCUGUAAAGGUGCUGGACAGGAUCCCACCGUACGACACACACAAGAUAGGAGUACUGUACGUUGGCUCUGGGCAGACGAAUGAUCAGGCGACCAUUUUGUCCAAUCUGUACGGAUCGGCUCGCUAUGUGGAGUUCCUGCAGGGUCUUGGUAGACUGAUAUCCUUGAAGGAUGUAUGUCCUAAUGAGGUGUACACUGGAGGUCUUGACCACCAGGGGAGUGAUGGAAAGUUUGCUUACUGGUGGCAUGAUGAUAUCAUGCAAGUUAUAUUUCAUGUUGCUACCUUGAUGCCCAAUAAGGAGUCGGAUCCUACGUGUAACUCCAAGAAACUUCACAUCGGUAAUGACUUUGUGUCCAUCGUUUACAACGAGAGAAACGAGCCCUACAAACUAGGGACAAUAAAGGGUCAGUUCAACUUUGCUGAGAUUGUUAUUGAACCGUUGGACAGUGAGAGUAACUUAGUGACCGUGCAGGCAAAACCAGAUUUAGAAGCAAUGAUUGGAAGUAGAGGUCCACGCAUGAUAACCAAUAAGAAUCUGCCUCUCUUGGUUCGACAGAUGGCGCUACAUGCCAAUCUAGCGUCUCAAAUCUACCAGAGUCAGAUGAGGGGCACCCUGGCUGAGGCGUACACCUCCAACUGGCUUGAACGUCUGCGACAAAUCAAACGCCUUCGUGGCAAGAUCUCUCAGGGUACUCCUGUCAACUCCUUGGCUGCAAUGGCCGCUGCUUCUUCCGUCAGACAGCAGGAGAAGCGCAAAGGAUCUCCAGGGGCUCUGGAAGAUUUUACUGAUUAUGCUUGAGGGCAUUGACAGGAUUUUAGGAAGAGGAGUAUACUUUACGACCAGAAUUCUCUUUAUAUUUUUUUAAAAUAUAGAAUUUGGAGUAAAUGAUACAAUUUCUUUCACUGUUUUGUUGUUUUUGUAUGCAAAAUAAAACAUUUGCAAGUUGUGAAUCUAUGGAACAUUUGAACUGAUAGUGCCAUAGAGAACGCAAGUCACUCUUUAAAGGUGAGCUAUCCUUGUUUUUGAACCAGACACCAUUUGAGUUGGGUGCCCAUGUGUAGAGGUCAAAAGAUGGUCCUUCACUUGCCAAUCCUGUGCCCAAAGUGUACAUUAAAAAUUCUGUGCAUCUCAUUGUUUUAUCACUGUCCCCUCUAUUAGAUGGCAGCUGGAUGACGUCAGUGCCUACGAAAAAGGUGUUGUCUACUUUUGCAAAAUCAGUGAUGUUUAAAGUGUAGAUGAAAUGUAAUUUGCAUGUUUCACAGAAAGGGACCAAUGUUGAACUAGUGGUUGUUCAGUUGCAUUUGUAGGGCAUGUGCACAGAAUUUAUACUACUAACGACUCAAGUUCAAGCCAGAGUUUGGGUUGAUUUUAGUUGAACUAUGGUCAAUGAUAGUCCUUGCGCCCUGAGUGAUGGUGGAUCUGUCUAUAUGAAACAGAAUUUGGUGUCAUCACUUAAUAAAACUAUUAUUAAUAAAUACAAACUCCAUGUAAUACAGUGCAAUGAUUGAUAAAUUAAUAAAUAUUCCUGCACUCAGUGCAUCUUACUUGCAUUUCAGUUUUUAGAGAGUGUGUCUAAUUAACGCACAACCAUACAGUGGGAGACUUUGAAAUGCUAGGUGUCAGCAGUUACCAGGUAAUUUUGCAUUAUUUACAGCAUUCUGAGCAUGCGCACAUUAAUGAGAACAAUGGAUUUACUUGGUAAGUCUGCUGCCACCUAUCGUCCCAAAAUUGACAGUUUGUCAGCAGUUACCAGGUAAUUUUGCAUUGUUUACAGCAUUCUGAGCAUGCGCACAUUAAUGAGAACAAUGGAUUUACUUGGUAAGUCUGCUGCCACCUAUCGUCCCAAAAUUGACUGUUGUUGAAAGGGAAUGGAUUUGUUUGGUAACCACUUCUAUAAAAAAAAUUGUCACUAAAAGCUUACUUGGUUUGAAGUACAACAGCUUUCCAAAAGAUAAAGUAGAACGAUAAUCAUUUCACUUUGAGGUAUAUGUAUUCCAGUUUUUAUGCCCAAAAUUUUAAUCUAAGACACGCUACUGUAAGAAACGAUUCUCAGAUUGUGUGUUCUUUCUGUUUCAACUAAACCACUUCGUGUUUUUUUUGGGUGAUACAUGUAUCUUAAAGACACUACCACCUGUUGAGGUUAAAUUUUCACAUGUUAUAUUGUAUAUCUACAUUUAUAUUGGGUCAAAACAAUCAAAUAGUUCCACUUUUGAAUACUCUGUCUUGACAGAAAUGGUUUUGGGGAAGAGUUUAAAAUCAUUCCGUUCCUAUAGGAUGGCAGUAAAGUUGUUGGUAAACAAACCAUGUGACCGAACCUGAUAUUUGUUAGCGCGUAUGAGUGAAAGCAUUACAAAUUGUUUCAUUGUUUUCCUGGAUUUUGUGCCAAUACCAACUGAUUUAUGGGAUGUUUAAAGACUUUUUCGCUGACUUUGAUUUAAAGGAGUAAGAUCUUGGGAUUAUUGGUACUGGUAUAAACCAGUUUUACAUUUGAUAAUCUCAAUUCUAUCGACCUUGUAACUUGUGACAAAGCAUACCAAAAGAGCCACAUGGCCCUUGGCUUCUUGCCAGCUUGAUUUGUGCACAGCCUAAUGGAAGAAAAGGGUAAAUUAUUUGAUGGAGACUGCAUCUGAUUUAAAUUUACUUUUGUUAUGUAGAAAGGUGGUAUGACAUCUCAGAACUUGUAGAUCUGUUAUUUGUAUAACUCUUCUAUUCCGUUAUGACACUAAUGUCAAAUGUAAGAUUCCCCAUAUGACCAGUGCAGUAUCUCGCCUACCAGAGAGUACAAGGUUGCGCCUUUCAUAAACAAAUGUUACACAGUCUAUAUUAGUCUUCAAUGUUUUCUGCUGUAAAAUUAUAAUGGACACUUAUUGCUCCGAUAUCUUCCAAUUUUAAUGAUCAUGGUGCAUGAACACUAUUAAUCUGGUCAUUUAUUACUCCUGGACCAUUUAUCUCAUUCCUUAGCCAAUUUCCUGUCGCUAAAUGUAGCGCAUCAUUUGUCAAGCUAAAUCAGUCACACUUUUACCCCCACAUGUACCCAUUAACUUCUGAAUGGAAGUUAAACAAUUUUAGUUAAUUGUCUUGCCCAAGGAUGGCAUGCCACUGCACUUUUAUUAUUAGUGUAAUCACAUCUCAGAUAUCAACAAAUGAAGCAUGUGUAAUGCACUUGCUAAUGCUAUUCAUACAUAAUGCACAUGAACGAUGGAGCUGCUUCUAAAGUUAUCCAUACUGCCCUCUAGUGGCAGAUAAUGCACUGGACACUAUUGGUAAUAACUCAAAAUAACUAUUAGCAUAAAAACAAU